UAGCAUCAUCUCGAUGUCAUUUUAAAUAUCCAUCCUUGAUGCUACCUGACCGAUGGCGACCUCGAAUACCAUGGAUCCUGACAUUCAAAAGCUAUUUUAAGGGGCCUUCCCCCCUGAUCAGUCUUUCAAUCAGCAUCUUCUUUCAUCUCUAAAUUCACUCCGUCAUCGUCUAUCAACCAGUUCAGUUAUCGCUUUUCAUAAUGUCGAAGCUUCUUACAGUCUUUGGUGCGACAGGAAAACAGGGUGGCUCUGUCAUCCGCGCUGUUCUUGCCGAUCCUACGCUGUCCAAGGAGUUCAAGAUCCGUGGAAUCACUCGGGAUGUCUCUAGGCCAGAGGCUAAGGCUUUGGCAGAUAAAGGCGUUGAGGUGAUCAGUGCGGAUAUGACCUCCGUUGAUUCCCUGGUGAAAGCCGUGACUGGCUCUCACGCCGUCUUUCUAGUGACGACCGCUACCUAUGGCGUGCAAGGGUCUGAGCUGGAACUAGUCCAGGGGAAAAAUGUCACGAAUGCCGCCAAAAUGACCGGUGUGCAACACCUGAUUUUCUCCUCGUUGCUCAACAUCACCGAGACGUCUGGUGGUCGACUCAAGAACGUCCCUCACUUCGACCACAAGGCCCAGGUGGAACGUUAUAUUCGAGACCAGAAGGUGCCCGCCACCUUUGUGCUACCCGGAUAUUUCAUGAGCAAUUACUCGGCCAUUCCCAUGCUGCGCAAGGGAGAAGACGGUGUCUUUACCCUAGCCUAUCCUGUCGGCGAUGAUGCCAAGUUCCCUCUGAUUGAUAUCGAGACUGAUAUGGGUAAAUACGUUGCUGCGGCACUGAAGAACCCUUCCAAAACCCAGGGCUCCCAGAUUCUCGCUGCAACAGAUUACUAUACGCCCAAGCGCAUCCUCUCCGAAUUCGAAGAGGUGACUGGAAAGAAGGCCCGGUUUGUCCAGGUGGACUCGGAGACCUACAAAGGAUUUAAUCCUGGCCAAAUGGGGUUGGAAAUGCUGGAAAACCAUCUCUUCGUGGAGAACCCCGGGUACUAUAACGGUCGUAGCCUGAAGGAGAGCCAUGAUCUCUUGACCGAGGCUGGUUACAAGCCUACCACUUGGAAGGAGUUCCUGGAACAGCAUAAAGCGGCUUUCAAUUAGGUCAAGAGGUAUUUGCAAGUGUGUUCUUUGUUCCAAAACAUUCUCGGCGACUUAGGCCCCAGAUUGCACACACAUGGCUCUAGCUAUCAAUGUUGCAGAAAUUGACAAGUCUUUUUUUUUUUAUAUAAAAUUUGGUGCUCCUCCCCUUGUCUUCGGUCUCUAAACGCCCUUGGGAGAGGAAUAGUAGAAUAUAAAGAGAAGCUGGAUAGCUUCAGGAUCUCCUAAUCGCGGAAGCCGCUCCUCCGUCCAACCGGACUAAAAGAUAUCAUUCGCUAGCGGGAUUAAUACAUAGUACGGAGGACACCGUAUCCGGAGUAGGUGGAUGCAGAUCGUCAACAAUUACCUACAAUCAGACCGGUUGUCGCAC